AUGCGGAUGGAUCCCUUGGUCGCAGCCGCAUUUCACAACCAGAACUGUAGCACCCUCUGUCGACUUCCUGAAGAGCUUCUCAUCAAGGUCAUGGCAUAUAUCGAUGGUUUGGGCGUUCAGUGCUUGAGGCGGACGUGCCGAGUAUUCCUUCGUCUGUACUCCUCGCCACGGUAUAUUGCUACUCAUGACCUCAACGCCAAACAUACAAGCGAUUUUCUUCCUUGGUCGCAGCCCGUCACGGGAUUUUCGGCAGAAGACAAGCUCUCGUACCUCCUGAUCAACGGGGAGGAAGGAUACUGUGCAGGGUGCCAAGACGUAAGGGGGAAACAGUCUUUCGACAAGAAGAUGCAGAGGAUUACUUCGACAUAUAUGCACUGCUCCGGCUGUCGCGUCGACCACCCAGUUGGACUGUUUUCUGCAUCUCAGCGAAAAGCUCCGAACAAGACUCGGAUAUGCAUUGGCCGAGAGGGCCUUGUGCGCCUGUGCGAUCACAGGACUAUGAGUUGGACUGAAAUUUCUUCAAUCGUGUCACGGCUGAGGAGGUUUGAGUCUGGCUCCAACGGUCGGACGAUCUAUAUAUCCUGCAAGGACGAAAGCCACGUACCAGCACACCACCGCGCUGGCUUCAGUAAGGCUGAAUACCAAAUAUACCCAACGUUUAUCGUCGCUGAGUACUCCAAUGGAGGAAUAUAUCUCGAGCUUGACUGGACGGGACACCUCCCCAUUUCCAGCACCGGACGCGGCGAGCGGACAACCCCUAGCUUUAUGCGCAGCCAGUUGGAAAAUCUUAGAGCGGGCGCCGCAGAGUUCAUCGCGCCCGAAUCACCCUUGGGGCAACUUCCGGAGAUGAGUUGCUUCGACCCAAACCGCUGCAACUGUCUCGAUUACUCUGGCGUAGAGCAUCUCUCGCAUAGUUGGCAGCUUACCCCACCGGAGGAAAUCGAUUUCCUCACAUGUCGAUCUCGCCGCAAUUUCAAGCUGGUGGCCCUAGGACCUUCAAAGAACACUGCAUGUGUGACGGCGCUGGAGAAACAACCUGGGGGUCACUGCACGCUACGCAAUACUACACGACUAACGAACGGUGAAGGUCAGGUGAGAAUCAUCAUCGACUCAUGCGCCAAAGGGAGCCCGUGUCUGCAGGUAGAAUACUGGCGCAGAAUAGAGGUUGCGAACGGCCUGAACCCAAAUGACCUGGUGAUGACCUGGUACCAAGCCCUUGAUCCAGACUCGUAUAAUCUCACUGAGGAUGAGGAGUUUCACGGCGUCCUGUGGUGUCGCCAGAGGGGCUGCCGAAACUACUAUCGGUACAUGAAGAAGGUUCUAGUACCUCACAGGGCCUUGCAUCGCGUAUGCGGCGAGCAUUGCCUGAAGCCCAGAGGCCUCAAUUCAAAGAACGCCCUUUCCCUAUGGCAAGGGGUAAUAGGGUCCACCAGAUGCCUCUGGCAAGGGGUAAGAGAGUUCUUUGAGUUCUCGUGGCAUGCGACGAUGAAAUCCAUCGAGUUCUCCUGUGAAAAGAUGGUGGACUUCAUCGGGUUCUCCUGUGAAAAGAUGAUGUACUUCAUCGAGUUUUGUUUCUCGGUGCUGUCUGUGACGUAA